AUGACCACAGCUCCAUGCCGAUAGCUACGAGAAGGGAGCAGACCGAGUGAGGAGCCGUCAAGGGACACAGGAUGGUGAGGUGUUGGAAACAUUCAGACGGCCGUUUGGAGGAAGCACAGUGCACGGAUGGGGGCUCUGCUGCAUCCUCCCAGUCCCACUUCCCGCACAAGGCAUUCUGGGUCAGCCUGUCGGCCUCUCUGCUCCUGGUCAUCGUUGCCCUCGGCUUGACGGGCCACCUGGGGCUGUGGCAGCCUCACUCUCAGUCCGCACAGAUUGUCCGGAUCACAGUUCCAGAUCAGGCUGGAGUUCUGAUCAACCAGUCGGCCGUCGUGGACCCGCAGAACGACCUGGUGACCUUUUCUGUGACCUCACCAGCAAAUCAGACAUCAACUGUGCUCUUUGAUAUCAAACAUGGUUUGAUAUGUUACAAACCUGUGGACCAGGAGAGCUGCUUCCUGCGAAAGAUGGAGGAGUCUGACUACGACAACGUGCGCUCCCUCCUCCACCAGUCAGAGCACAAGAGUCAGUUCCAGCUGUCUGGGAACGGGACCCAGAGGCGGACGGAGUUCCUGGGAGUGCUGGCGGCCGGUCAGGUGGACGUGUCCACGCUGGAGGAGCCCAUUCAGGGUCUGUGUCAGGACAGCUCCGUCCACUGGACCAAGAGGGCAGAGGGCCCGGGCAAACAGAGGCUGGUCUACUUCUGCAUCGACAUCUGCUUCCCCAGCAACAUCUGCGUGUCCGUGUGCUUCUACUACCUACCAGAGUGACUGUGCAUUCUCCUCCUCGUCUCCCAGCAAAAGAUCAGGGAAACAAAGUUGUCUUUUUAGCUCCCUCUACAAGA